GGCAAGACGUACCAGGGCGAGCUGACCUAUUACGCCCCCGGGCUCGGGGCCUGCGGCAUCGUCUCCGGGCCCAACGACGCGAUCGUGUCCGUCUCGCACAUCCUGUUCGACGCGGCCAGCACGUCGGGGAACCCCAACGCGAACCCGCUCUGCGGGCGCAAGAUCCGGAUCACGCGGGACAAGAGCAGCAGAGCGGCGGCGAGGAUGAUUGGGAGGAGCAGCACCACCACUAUGAGGGGAGCAGGAAGAAGGAAAGACUCCGUGACGAUGGAGAAGAGGGCAUCCGUGGAAGUCACGGUCGUGGAUCGCUGCGAAGGGUGCCAGGCCGCGGACCUGGAUCUCAGCCUGAGCGUCUUUACGCAGCUCGCGGAGGAGAGCGAGGGGAGGGUCGAGGGGACCUGGACAUGGGCUUCAUGA